UUCUUUUACAGCAACCAAUGAGCAUUGGUUUUUCCAUUGUAUCCAUAAUAACCAAAUUUUCAAUUGCUUUUCUUUACGAUACAUAAACAAUACUAUUAUUUAUUACUAUUUACUAUUAAUACAAAUCAAUAUUACAUUUAUUACAUUUUCUAUACAAAAAAAUAUUUAUCAAAAUGGACGAAUUUUAUUUGACGUCACAAAUAUCGAAAGUCAGUUCGAUCAUAUGAUUCACUUGACGCAUACGCAUAUAUGUAGUUUGUUUAGUUGAACAAAAAGUCUGACGAAAAAUAGAUGAAAAAUACGAGUUCAAAUAUCAAAAAUAAAAAAAUAUUGUUCAUUUUUUCCAAAUAUUGAAAUAACAUUGCAUUUAUUGAUAUGUGUCUUAAGUGUGUGUAAAAUAAAUUUUUUCUUUUACUUAUACUUAACCUCCCGUCAUCGUUGUUGUUGUGUAAAUAAAAUUGCGGAGUACAACUCAAUAAGAACAAAAAAUCAGAUAAUAUAUAUGGCGGCGGAAGAGAUAAAUUGUAAUACAACAAUAACCUCUUCAGAAGACGCAAAACAAUCUGUAACUAGUACAUCACAACAUGCAGAAACAAAUAAAGAGCAAAACACUGUUAGGCCAAAUGAACAGACAAGUCGUCCCAAUAAUUUACAAAGAAUUCAACAAAGAAAGCAGCAAAUGUUUAAUUGGCCACAAUUAAAGAAGUUAUUAAAAUUAGCUACUUAUAGUGCCUGUCAGGUUGUAGACUGUAAAUGUACUGGUUGGAAAAAUGCGCAACCUUUAACGAAAUCAUCUAAAAAUGAGGUACAACAAGCUGUUACUAAUCUCUUUGACCCGUGCAAAAGUUGCACUCACAUUUUGAAAAGUCAUAUUACUCAUUUACCAACUCAGUCAGACGAAGAAAUUAAUAAAUUAUUGGGUAUGGUGAUUGAUGCUGAUAAUAUAUUUAUGGGCAUACAUAGAGAAGAAGACCCAGAUACAAAAAAAGUAUAUUAUUAUUUAUAUAAGCUUCUAAGAAAAUGCAUACUAUCUAUGACAAAACCAACAAUAGAAGGUCCUUUAGGUCAACCACCAUUUGAAAGGCCCAGUAUAGCAAAAGCAGUGAUGAAUUUUGUUUUAUAUAAAUUUGGUCACUUAUCUCAAAGAGAAUGGCAAGCUAUGUGCGAUAUGGCAAAAAUGUUUUUACAUUGCUUGAAUCAUUGGAAUUUUGAAGCACCUAGUACUAGAAAAGCAACAGUCAAUAGUGACGAAGCACCAGCUUACAAAAUAAAUUAUACACGAUGGCUUGUCUUUUGUUAUGUACCUGCAUUUUGUGACUCUUUACCUCAUUAUGACACACCAUUAGUAUUUGGUAGAACUUUGUUACAAGCUGUCUUCAAACCAGUGUGUAGACAAUUAAUGGAUAAAUGUCACAAUGAAAGAGACAAAAUAACCCCUGAAAAAAGAGUUCUUGUCUUGACACAUUUUCCAAAAUUUCUUUCUAUGCUGGAAGUAGAAAUUUAUUCAGACAAUUCUCCAAUUUGGGAUCCUGAAUUCAAGCAAGUACCUCCUUCACAUUUACAAGUUAAUUUAGAGCCAAAAGGAAGUCAAGGAAGGAGAACAGGGGAAUUUGAAAAAGUUACAGUUGUUCCAAAUGACAAAGACAAUUUUACAACAAUAAACAUAAGCCCAGGAAUUAAAAAACUUCAUGAAAAAAGACCACAUUCUGAAAGUCGAUUAGAUGCAAAAAGACGAAAAAACGAAGAAUCUUUUGAAGAUCUACCUGAUGAAACUGUUGCAGAAAUUGUUGCGACUAUUAACGAUCCUAAUUACAUGUGUGGACCCGAUGCUGUAUUUCCACCAAAUGUACCACGAGACGAAACCGCGAAAAUAGAAGAAAGUAGAAAAAUUAUUGAAUUUCAUGUUGUAGGAAAUAGUUUGACACAACCAGUUUCAAAACAAACAAUGCUUUGGUUGAUUGGUUUGCAUAAUGUUUUCAGCCAUCAGUUACCCAGAAUGCCAAAAGAAUACAUAUCUCAAUUAGUUUUUGAUCCGAAACAUAAAACUUUAGCUUUAAUAAAAGAUGGACGUCCUAUUGGUGGUAUUUGCUUCCGCAUGUUUCCAACUCAAGGUUUUACAGAAAUAGUAUUUUGUGCAGUAACAAGUCAAGAACAAGUAAAAGGAUAUGGUACACAUCUAAUGAAUAUGCUUAAAGAUUAUCAUAUAAAAAAUAAUAUAUUACAUUUUCUGACAUUUGCGGAUGAAUUCGCUAUUGGCUAUUUUAAAAAACAAGGCUUUAGCAAAGACAUAAAGUUACCACGUGCAAUGCACCAAGGAUAUAUUAAAGACUACGAAGGUGCUACGUUAAUGCACUGUGAAUUAAAUGCUAAAAUUGUAUAUACAGAAUUCACAGCGGUUAUAAGAAAACAGAAAGAGAUCAUUAAAAAAUUAAUUCAGCAAAGGCAACAAGAAAUUCAAAAAGUUCAUCCAGGUUUAACAUGCUUUAAAGAAGGGGUAAGAGGUAUACCAGUAGAAUCUAUUCCUGGAAUACGUGAAACUGGAUGGAAAAGUUAUGCUCAAACUAGAACAAGGGGUGUAGCUAAAGGAACUCAAGGGCCAGAACCAAUGGAAGCAUGUUUAGACAUUACAGAUUCAUUGUACAAUGCACUCAAAAAUGUACUAAAUAGUGUGAAAAAUCAUAGUGCAGCUUGGCCGUUUUUAAAACCAGUAGAUAAAAAUGAUGUACCUGAUUAUUAUGAUCACAUAAAAUAUCCAAUGGAUCUUAAAACUAUGACAGAUCGUUUAAAAGCUAGAUACUAUGUAACUAGAAGAUUAUUUAUAGCCGACAUGACACGAAUUUUUACAAACUGUCGCUUAUACAAUAGCCCUGACACCGAAUAUUAUAGGUGUGCUAAUGCUCUCGAAAAAUAUUUUCAAACUAGAAUGAAAGAAAUCGGACUCUGGGACAAAUAAAAUCUUUGUUAGAUUUAUUAAAGUAAAAAUAUUAUUUGAAUAAAAAUUAACUCUUCAUAUAAAUUCAAAUUUUAAACCAUCAAACAACGCUAAUGUACAUUAAUUGUUUAAGGCAAUGAUUUUUUUUCGUAAAAUCAAUAUUAUUUAUUUUUGAAUAUAACUAGCAUAUAUUUGAAAUUUUCAAUUAACAAAUUGAAAUUGUGGCAAUGUCGUCGUUGAUGCCACUAAUUUUGAAAAAUCUGUGGUGAAGGAUGAACUUACUCAUCUAUUUUUAAAUAUUUUUAUUAUAGUUAUCAUAUUAAGGUAGGAAUAUAGGAGUUGUACAUUUUUAAAUAAAUAUCUCUGUAUACUAUUAAAGGAUUGUAAAAACACAUAUUAGUUUUAUUAGAAUAAAAAGUGUUAAGAGAAAAUGAUGAGUUUAUAAACUGUUUUCAGCAUUUCACUUUGCAAUUAUUCUAUCGAACAAUGAUUUUAAUUAUCAAUUCUACUAUUAAUAAUUAUAAAGUAACACGACACAAAUAUUUAAAUGUGAAAACUGUAAUUCUGUAAAUCAUAUUUUUAUUGAUAAUACAUUCUUAAUUACUUUUUUUUUUUACAAUGAGAUGAGAUGUAAUUAUGCAUCAAACAUUAUUCGUAUGAAAUAAAUAAACUUAUGUUUAUUUUAAAAUUAUACUCAAUAUUAUGUACACUUUAGUAUAUUUAAGGCAGAUCUGAACUUAAAAUGGAAAUAUCUCCCUUAAAAAUAUCUAUUACAUUUACACGAUACAAUAUGCAUCCACUGGUAUGGAGGAGGAAAAUUCUUUAAUGUACACAUAUUAAAAAUAAUAAUUUAUAGUUUCAGUCAUACAUUUAUAUACUACAAUAACAUAAACUAAUUUUCGAUUAGACGAAUGAAUAUAUUUACAAAUUUUUAGUACCAUACACAUCAAGUUCUUUGUAAUGUUCACUCAUUUAGAAAACUAACAGUUCUUAUGGACGGUAAAUCAUCUAUCCUGUCUCCUUAUCGUUAGAUAAAAUUAAAUAAUAAUUAAAAUCAUACUUCUCCUAACUUUGAUAUAGUAUUCCUCAUAUUAUUAUAAUAAUUUUACGUACACGAGUUAGCAUGAAUGUGAUUACUAACACAAAAAGACAGAUUUAUAAUUUACACAUUGUUUGAAUAAAGUUAACAUUUUUGUGUGACAUUAUUUAAAUUCAUUGAGCAGAUAAAUUGUACAAAAAUGGUAUACAUAUUUAUUUUUAUCUCACAUAUUUUCUGUUUAUAACAAUGAUAAUUAAAUACACAAAUGCGCGUAUUUUGAUAUAAUAAUGUAUAAGGGUAACAGAUGAAUCACUUCUUCAAAUGAUUCAUCCUUAUCGUGACUAUAAAAAAAAACAGGUUGAUAUCAUUUAAUAGCUAUAGAAAAUUGUCAUUAAAUGAAAUAAUGAAAAGAAAAAGAAAUUCAAGAUAAAAAACCGAAGAUUGUGAUUGAUUGGAGCUACACAAAAUCCACAAUUAUGUGAUAUGGUUCUACAUAAUAUCAUUUUAUAACAUACUACUUAACAUUAUAUCUUCUUAGUACAUUUUUUACUCUAAUCUUUAUACAAUCAGUGGCAAAAAAUAAAUGUAAUUUUAAAUAGUACAGUAAUCACUUUGUACAAUUUUAGACAAGUUUCAGGUAUGCGAAAUAAACAUUACCGACAAUUAACGUUUUAUCAAACUUAACAGUACAUUAGUACAAAUAAAACAACCGGCACCAAUUAUAACAAAAUUUAACAAUCAAAAUAUAUAGAAAUUAUCACGGUUAACACCGAAUCGCCAAGAAUAUAAAAAGUUCUAUGAUCUAAAAUCCGGUAUAUCGUAUAUGUAUUAAAAAAAAAAAAAAAGGAAAAGAAAAAAAAAGAAAAACAAAACCAAAAAAAAAACAAAAAAAAAGUAUAAUAAAAAUGUCUUUGGUGCCUCCAUUCUAUAUAGCAAAAUAUAACACGUAAAAAAAUGUGGUGGGGAGUCAAUAUUAUUAAUAAUGAGUUUAAAAUUGAUGCAUAAAAAAAAAUUUUGCCAAAAUAAAGUUUAUCUCCUAGAUGUUUUUCUUCUUCCUGUAGACCUUUUAGGACAUCGACUUUUUGUUCGAACCAUGUGAGUCCAGGGUAAGGAAAAUUCACUAAAAUAAAAAAUUGAUGUAAUAUUUA